AUGACGUCGAUAGGCACAGGCUACGACCUGAGCAACUCCAUCUUCUCCCCCGAUGGUCGUAACUUCCAAGUCGAGUAUGCCGUGAAGGCAGUCGAGAACGGCGGCACAUCCAUCGGUAUCCGCUGCAAGGAGGGCGUCGUUCUCGCCGUCGAGAAGAUCAUCACCUCCAAGCUAUGGAAGCCCAACGCCAACAAGCGCAUUGCCACCAUUGACAGACAUCUCGGUGUUGUCUACUCAGGCAUGGUUCCCGAUGGCCAUCACUUCGUCGACCGUGCUCGCGAAGAAGCACGCGGCUGGCGCGAUACCUUCAAGACCCCCAUCUCCACCGCCGACCUCGCUGCCCGCAUGGGCGGCUACCUCCAAGCCUACACCCUCUACUCCUCCGUCCGCCCCUUCGGUAUCACCGCCAUCGUCGGCGGCUUCGACCCCUCCCAAGAGUCUCCCGUCGACGGUGAGGUCGGUUCUGGCCCCAAGGUCGGCGCCGGAGGCAAGGACGAAUCCAAGACCCACGGCGGUCCCUUCCUCUACAUGAUCGAGCCUUCAGGUCUGUACUGGGGCUACUACGGUGCCGCCACCGGCAAGGGCCGUCAGGCUGCCAAGGCCGAGCUCGAGAAGCUCGACCUGGCUGAGGGAGGCCUGACGCUGAAGGAGGCCGUCAAGGAGGCUGCCCGCAUCAUCUACGUCGCCCACGACGACAACAAGGACAAGGACUUCGAGCUUGAGAUGAGCUGGAUCAGUGACGUGAACGGUCCCACCAAGGGCCGUCACGAGGAGGUACCCAAGGAGCUGCGUGAGGAGGCGGAGCGGUUAGCCAAGAAGGCGCUCGAGGGCGAUGAUGACGAUGACGAGGACAAGAAGGAUGAUGACAAGAUGGAAGAGUAA